UUGGCUUUAGAAUUCAAUUGCAGCCCCACAGAGUCAUAACGAUGCACCGAGCGGAGUCCGUCACGGGCUUCGGGUCCCCCCGUUCACGUAACAUCACUAACACCACCAAAAAUUGUCGAAAUAUCCGACCGAACAGGACGCUUCUAAUUAUGAACAGGAGCCAGAUACUUACCGUGUUCAAUAUGAUAGCGGGCCUAGUCCGGCAACUUUUUUUUGGGGGGCUGACAAACAUGAAUUCCUUCUCGGGGUAUUGCUUUGAAUGUUUGGAGUCGAUGCAGUCGGCGACAAUCACUUAUAAAAGAAGGAAAGCUUUCAUAUGAAAAAUAAGCUUGAAUAGAUAUCACUCAGUUAUAUUUUUCGUGGCAACGUCUCAGCAAAAUCCUUACAAAAUGGCCGAAUUUGAUACCACGGGCUUUUUCCAGUGGCCUACGGCUAAAUAUCACAGCACAACUUACCCCUUCAUCAACCCAACUCGACCGGAACUGUCGACAAAGGGCAAAACGGCCAUCGUGAGCGGUGCCGGAUAUGGAGGAAUCGGAUACUCCAUUGCCAUCUCUCUCGCGAAGUCCGGAAUCUCUGCGCUGGGACUCCUCGGUCGUACCGAAUCGACUCUUCUUCAGACGAAGUCUUCGAUCAACGAGAUAUCCCCCGACACUAACGUCUUUAUCUACAUUGUCGAUAUAAGGGACACUGAUACUGUUCUCACCGCUUUUGGCUCCUUUACUAUAAGCACUGGGUCGAAGAUUGAUAUCCUUGGCGCCAACGCAGGCUAUAUGCCUCACCUGACAUCCAUCACUGAGGCGGAUCCGGUGGACUGGUGGCAAACGUUUGAGAUUAACAUCAAGGGAAACUUCAAUCUCCUUCGUGCUUAUGUUCCUCAUGCUGCGAGGGACGGCAUUGUGGUGCAUACCAGCUCGUCUUCUAUCCACAUCCCUUACAUGUCAGGCUACUCUGCCUACCGCGGCUCCAAGGCUGGUGCGACAAAGGUGUUCGAUUUAUUCAAGGGUGAGAUGGCAGAGCUUGGUAAUGGCGUCAGAGUCAUUCAAUUUCACCCUGGUUUGAUCAACACAACUAUGAGCGAGAAAUUUGGAGAAAGUGUUAAGGAUAUCCCCUUUGAUGAUGCUACUCUCAGUGGUGAUUUCUUCAAUUGGAUAGUCAGCGACGAGGCCAAGCUCCUGGACGGGAAAUUCGUCGCGGCAAACUGGGAUGCUGAGGAACUUGCACAGAAACAGGAGAGGAUCGCUAAAGACAAGCACCUCUUUACUAUGGAUCUCGUCGGGUGGCGCGAAAAGCUUGAUAAGCUUGAGUAAAUAGUACGAUUGAGUUGGCUAAUAUUGUAGCACAGAUUAGGGAGCUGGAUUAGAUGCAGGCCCUGCCACUCGUUUUAAUCAAGAGAUAAAUAAAAGAUGAUGCUUUUCAGAGGAA